AUGCAGACUGUAGAUCAAAGGAAAAAAUCAACAUCUGUUACUGUAUCAAUGGAAGAUCCGAGAACAAGAUCACAUCGGACAAUGAAUCCUCGAAUAUUCCAAAAUUUUCUCCUUAUAUGGCUAAAUGACAGUAUCGGUGAAAUUAACAAUGUCGAUUACCAAAAGUCCAUCGAAAAAUUACAACAAGUAGUGAAUAAUGUAAACACAUUCACCGACAUCGAUGAAUGUAUUGAUUUUGUUACCGAUGCGGAAUCAGAAACAGUUAUUAUGAUUAUUUCUAGCAAAUUUAGCCAAAAUAUUGUUUCCUUAAUUCAAAACAUUAGUAAAGUGAAUUUCAUCUAUAUACUUUGUGAUAAUAAGAGUUCGCUUGAAGAAUGGAUAGAACAAUCUACCAAAGUAAACGGCGUUUAUAUGGAUAUUACACCAAUCUGUGACGCAGUCAAGAAAGCUGCUCAUCAGUGCGAUCAAAAUGCAGUUUCCAUGAGCUUUAUUAAACCGACUGAUGGAGUUUCGAAGCAAAAUCUGGAUGAACUCGAUCAAUCCUUCAUGUACACACAGAUAAUAAAGGAAAUAUUACUUACAAUUGAUUUUAAACAGGAACAUAUUAAUGAAUUUCUUGCGUAUUUUCGUGAACACUUCGGCAACAAUAGUCCAGAAUUAAAAACUGUCGAUAGAAUCGAAAACGAAUAUUAUAGCCAUCGACCAAUCUGGUGGUAUACAUCUAGUUGUUUUCUUUAUCCGAAGGUCAAUGAAGCAUUACGCACUAUGAAAGUAGAUCGCAUUAUUAAAAUGGGAUUUUUUAUACGUGAUCUUCAUGAACAUAUCAUUGCAUUGCAUUCGGAACAGCAUGCUGGACAUCACUUUCCAGAAUCGUUUACUGUGUUUCGUGGGCAAGGUUUGUCUCACGAAGAUUUUAACAAAUUAAUGAAAACGAAAGGUGGAUUAAUGUCAUUCAAUAAUUUCUUAUCGACAAGUUCUAAUCGAGAAAUAUCUUAUAUGCUUGCUUGCAGUAAUGGAGAUAAUCCUGAUUUGAUAGGUAUUCUCUUUAAAAUCACUACCGACCCAUCGACAUCGUCUGCUUCUUUCGCUAACAUUCGCGACCACAGCUUUUUUGAAGAAGAAGAAGAGAUUCUCUUCUCUAUGCAUUCUGUCUUUCGCAUUGGAGAUAUAGAGAAAAUUGAUGGAAAUGAUCGUCUUUGGCAGGUGAAUCUAGCACUAACUGAUGACAACGAUCCACAACUGCAUGUUCUAACUGAAAGCCUACGUCAAGAAACAUUUCCUCAUCUGACAGGAUGGUUCCGAUUAGGUGGAAUACUGAUUAGACUAGGUCAAUUCAACAUGGCUAAGGACGUGUUUGAAACUAUACUUAAACAGACAACUGAUGAUUGUGAGAAAGCAGAUAUUUACAGUCAUCUUGGAAGGAUUAAGGAUAACCAAGGGGAAUAUGAGGAAGCGCUUGAAUUUCAUAAAAAAUCACUUGAAAUUUCUCAAAAUACGCUUCCUCUAAAGGACGCUGAUUUGGCUACUUCCAACAAUAAUAUUGGUUUAGCGUAUAAUCAUAUGGGUCAAUACUCGGAAGCGCUUUCAUAUUAUAACAAAGCACUCGAAAUUCUUCAAAACAAACUUCCUCAUAAUUUUAAGAGUUUGGCUGUUUCAUACAACAACAUGGCUGGAGUUUCCACCAACAUGGGUGACUACUCGAAAGCACUUUCGUUUUAUGAAAAAGUACUUGAUAUUCGACGAAACACCCUUCCACCAAAUCAUCCUGAUUUGGCUAUUUCUCAUAACAAUAUCGGUGAUUUGUAUUGCAAAAUGGGUGAAUACUGGAACGCACUUGAGUCUCAUGAAAGAGCACUUGAAAUUUUGAAAAAAUCGCUUACUCUAGAUCAUCCUGAUUUAGCUACAUCUUACAAUAAUAUCGGUGCAGCUAAUGCUUAUUUAGGUGAAUACUCAAGAGCCCUUUCGUUUUAUAAAGAAGGUCUUGAAAUUCUACAAAAACCUUUUGCAAAUUGCUCUGAUUUGGCUACUUGUUACCACAACAUUGGAGAUGUAUAUUCCAAGAUGAGUGAAUACUCCAAAGCGCUUUCCUAUUAUGACAAAGCACUCGAAAUUCGACAAAAAACUCUAUCACCACAUCAUCCUGAGUUGGCUAUGUUGUAUGUCAAGAUCGGUUCAGUGCAUUCUCAGAUGCUUGAAUAUUCGAAGUCACUUUCGUAUUAUCACAAGGCUCUUGAAAUUUUUCAAACUACUCUCCCUUCAAAUCAUCCUAAUUUCGCUAUUUCUUACAUCAAUAUUGGCUUAGCCCACGACAAAAUGGGUGAACCAUCAACAGCACUUUCAUAUUAUGAUAGAGCUCUUCAAAUUCAACAAAAAACUCUUUCUCCAAAUCAUCCUGAUUUAGCUAAUUCAUACAACAACAUCGGUGCAAUUCAUACCAAUCUCGGUGAAUACUCGAAAGCCCUUUCAUAUUAUGAGAAAGCACAUGAAAUUCUAGAAAAAAGCCUUCCUUCAAAUCAUCCUAAUUUGGCUAUUUCUUAUGGCAACAUCGCCUCAACGUAUAGCACGCUGAGUGAAUACUCGAAAGCACUUCCGUUUCACGAAAAAGCACUUGAAAUUCAAGAAAAUACUCUUACUACAAAUCACGAGAGUUUGGCUAUUUCUAACAAUAACAUUGGAGACCUGUAUUCCAAAAUGGGCGAAUACGCAAAAUCACUUUCAUAUUAUAAAAAAGCACAUGAAAUUCUAGAAGACACUCAUCCUCCAGAUCAUCCAAGUUUAGCUACUUCUUAUAACAACAUCGGUGUAGUUUAUGCCAAUCUCGGUGAAUACUCGAACGCACUUUCGUAUUUUAACACUGCUCUUAAAAUUAAACAAACAGCUAUACCUCCGAAUUAUCUUAGUAUGGCUAUGUCGUACAGCAGUAUUGGAUCAAUGUAUAACAAAAAGAGUGAAUACUCGAAAGCGCUUUCCAAUCAUGAGACAGCAUUUAAACACUUUCAAGAAGCGCUUCCUCCAAAUCAUCCUCAUUUGGGUACAUCUUGCGGCAACAUCGGUGAGGUGUAUGACAACAUUGGUGAAUAUUCAAAAGCACUUGAAUAUCAUGAAAAAGAACUUAAAAUUUAUGAGGAAAUACUUCCCCCAAAUCAUCCAAAUUGGGCUUUUCCUUACAACAAUAUUGGUUUGGUCUAUAAUAAAAUGGGUGAAUACUCGAAAGCACUUCCGUUCCACGAAAAAGCAAUAGAAAUUCGACGAGCAACACUUCCUUCAAAUCAUCCUCAUUUGGGUACUUCUUACAAUAACAUAGGUUUAGUCCAUGAUAACAUGGGUGAAUACUCGAAGGCUCUUUCAUUUUAUGAACGUGCUUUGGAUAUUCGACAACAUUCACUACCUCCUGAUCAUCCUGAUCUUCAAGAUGUUCGAAAGAAUAUUGAUAAUUUAAAAAAGAAAUUAUAA